UUGGAUGAUCUUAUAAGAUUCAAAAUAUAUAAAAAAAACAUUUCAGUGACAAAUGUAUGUUAUUGUAUUAUAGCGUUAUGCAUUCCUGUGUGAGAUGUGUGACGGAAAUUAUGCCUGUUUUGCCUUUUUUUCGUACCCGCGAAGAGUGAACCACCCCCCGCGGCUGAAAAUUAGAUGGUUUCGCCCAGAGGGAUUGUUGCAAUGCCUCUUGAUGGGCCACCAGAUACACUGAACACAGAAUGACUUAAACGGCGCUGGUACAUCUUCCUUCUCUGCGAUUUCUAUCACGUUUUACCUAUGAGUUUCCUCCGUCGUCGUUUAUAUUUUUCUUCCGCAAAUGAAGCAACUGCACCUUUUACGGCGAAACUUCAUCUGGUUACGCUAAUGAAUACAGGCACCUGUGCACGUUGCAACUCAAACAUCACACCUGGCAGCGCUUUACUCGGACUACAAACCAGCGGAUAGACCGUGUGAGAGCCGCCUCCUCCUCCGUAGUCACCGCCGACAGUCACUGCAGUGGACUUAUCGUGGUGUCUUCCUCUCCAUCGUAAAGCUGUGGUGGCGUUAAAGAGAAGAGGACUGGUCGUCUGACGCUAAAAAUGCAUUUUUCCAUACCCGAAACGGAGGUUCGUUCGGGAGAAAAUGGAUCAACCUAUGUGGCCUACAACAUCCACGUCAACGGCGUGCUGCACUGCCGGGUGCGCUACAGUCAACUCCUUGGCCUCCACGAACAGAUAAAGAAGGAAUAUGGCAGCAACGUGGUGCCUGCGUUCCCUCCAAAGAAGAUCUUCACUUUGACUCCUGCUGAGGUCGAACAGAGACGAGAACAGCUGGAGAAAUACAUGCAGGCCGUGCGUCAGGAUCCCUUGCUUGGAGCCAGUGAGAUGUUCAACAGCUUCUUAAGGAAAGCCCAGCAGGAGACGCAGCAGAUUCCCACAGAAGAUGUCGCUCUAGACAUCUGCCUCUCCAACGGUCAGAAGGUUACCGUCAACAUUCUGACUUCAGAUCAGACGGAGGACGUCCUUGAUGCUGUUGCAACAAAGCUCGACCUUCCAGAUGACCUGGUCGGUUACUUCAGCCUCUUCCUCGUCCGUGAAGGUGUGGAUGGAGGUUUAACAUUUGUGCGGAAGCUGCAGGAGUUUGAGCUGCCUUAUGUAUCCAUUACCAGCUUGCGGAGCUCUGAGUUUCACAUACUCCUACGGAAAAGCUACUGGGACAUGGCGUACGACGGGGACGUCAUGGACAACAGAGUUGGCCUGAAUUUGCUAUACGCCCAGACAGUGUCUGACAUUGAGCGAGGCUGGAUACUCGUCAACAAAGACCAGCACAGGCAGCUCAAGUCACUUCAGGAGAAAGGCUCCAAGAAAGAAUUCAUCCAUCUGGGUCAGACUCUCAAAUAUUAUGGCUAUAUCAAGUUCGACCCUUGUAUCACCGACUUCCCCGAGAAGGGCUGCCAAGUCAUCGUCAGCGCCGGCAACAACGAGCUCAACUUCCACGUCAAGCUGCCCAACGAGCAGAUCAAGGAGGGAAGCUUCAAGGUGACUCGCAUGCGGUGUUGGCGAGUCACGUCCUCCCAAGUCCCGAUAGCCAACGGCACCACCAAUCCCUGUAGCGCGUCCAAAUGCGACGUCAAACUGGAGCUGGCCUUCGAGUAUCUGAUGAGCAAGGACCGCCUCCAGUGGGUCACCAUCACGAGUCAACAGGCUAUCAUGAUGAGUAUCUGCCUUCAGUCUAUGGUGGACGAAUUAAUGGUGAAGAAGUCAGGCGGCAGCAUUAAGAAGAUGCUGAGGAAACGACACAACGGCUCCAUCCACCGGUCAGACAGUCAGCAAGCUGUGAAAUCUCCCCCUCUACUGGACUCUCCUGACCCAAACCGUGAGCAAAUCGUCAAACUCUCAACCAAGCUGAGCUCGGUGUCCCUCCGAGGGGUCAGCGCCUCCAACUCAGCAAAUGAUAUCAGCGGCAAUGAUUUCCAUGGCAACUACGCUUUCGAGGGAAUCGGGGAUGAUGACCUGUAACCCCCCCCCGACUCGCCCUCCCCCCCCCCACACACCCCCCCUCUUCAUUCCACUGUCAGCGACCGGGACGACAAAGAUUACAAGCUGAGCCCAGCGGGCCACACACACACCCUCCGAUUCUGCAAGAUUGUAGCUUCUUUCUGGAGAAACUGCUGCCUUAAGCUCUCACUUAAUCUUUGACCGAGUUCCUUUUUCUUUUAGUUCCAAUCAUCCUAUCCAACGGCCGCUUUGUCCCGAUGUUAUUAAACGCGUGGCAGCGUACAGUAAACAGCAUGUAAAGCUACAGGUACGCAGAUAGGGAUGCUUUAUCGUUUGUUACUGACAAACUCCUCCCUCAGUUUCACUCACAAAGGAUGACUGUCUCAUCGACCGUAGGUACAAAGUAAAUUAAUAUAUUAUAAACCUGGCUAGAUCCUGGGUUCUUCCCCUGCCGGCUGCAUGUUCCCCACCAAACGCAUGUUCCCCACCAAACGCGACCCAUUCACUGGACCCAGAGUCCAGUGAAUGUGUUGAAGUCUGAUCUCACUGUAGACUAUUCAGAGCAACCGCUUACUUGUGUUGAUGAUCAAUGUUUGGCUUGGCUAUAUACCAAAAUGUCAUGUUUGGUUUUUUUUUAUACCGUUAGUGAUCCUCUGUGUGUCAUGCUACUCAAGUCAGCGAAUAGCUCAGCAGGAUACCAGUGGUGUGUUCAGCUCACGUCAACUCAUGCCGCCUUCAGAAAUAGUCUGACGCCUUAACUUUUUACUUUCUUUGCCUUCGCGGGUUAACUCGUCAUCUAACAAGACAUCGGGUUGAAGUUUCGAAUACUCGGCAGUGUCGGCCGGUGUUGCCUAGAAUCUUGCAGAACUUGGUAAAUGGUUGCACUUGCUGAACCCAUCGUUUUUGCACAGUAUUACAGGUGGAGAUGAGCAUUUGAGUGGAAGCUCGAGCGUGACUUAAAGCAUUGUGUGGAGAUUUAUUUUUCCAUCUGUAAAAUCCAUCAAUGAUUUUUUUUUCUUUUUUCUUUUUUCAAACAAUUUUUUUAAAGGUUUCUCAUCAAUGCCAAAUUAUAGUUUACUAAAGCAUUUUGCACAAAAUAGACAUAAAAAUUAUGACUGUCACUUUUUAUAUUAUGUACAUGCAAUUAAGUAUUCUGAACAUUUACUAAUAUCUUUAUCACCAAUAGCUUAUUGUAAUCAAAUAGAUCAAAUGUAAUCUAAGCUGUAUAGGCCAACAAGUUUAACGUAUCAUUGUUUACAUAAUGUUUAGGGGACUUUAUUAGUUUUAAAUGUAAAGUGUUUACAAAUUUUGCAUCCGAUUUUUCUUUUGUCUCGUUUCUUUAUUAAGGCUGUGAGCGAUGGUUGUUGGGAGCUUUUGGUUCAUUGUAAUUUGUAUGUACAUUGUGCCAAUCAUCUCAGAGGAUUCAGUUGAACAGGUGCUUUGGUGAAAGUGGCUCAUGUGAUCUCAAUUGCUGGAGUGAACAAAGUUCAUGAGGAAGCAGCCGACAAAAUGAACAUAUCCCGCUGUUUUAUAAGACACUUCAUAACAUAUUUUCUAUCGCUGUGGCGUCUGUUGCACUGCGUCUCGGGCUCGCUUUCGAAGCCUCUAAAUGUAAAUCGAUGCCGACCUGUCGACAGCUUUACUCUCACUGGUAGCCAGAACUGUAGAACAAAUAUUUUCUCAGUCUACUAAUUGUCUUGUUCCUUCACUGCUGUGCUUCUUCUUCUUCUUCUGUCUUCAGUUGCAUUUACAGUGUGGAUGCCACUAUUCAUGUUUAUCUUCAUGAUUCCUGUGCACGUACAUGGAACCUGCGAGGUCCUGGGUGUUAAUAAAUGUGUAGGUGCCAAAUUUAAAGUGCAUUUAUCAUCAUCGCUUUCCCAGAAAAUGUCAAAUUUCAUGAUGAUUGUAUUGUCUAGAUUCAGUUCACUUUUCAUUUUAGUGGUGAGGUCAGUGACAGCUGUCAUGAUGCUGAAAUAAACUCUAAUGUAGGCGA